CCCGACAAAGCCUUUUAGAUCUUCCCACAAUACCUCCUCACUCUUUCACUCCAUUUUUUUUAGCUUGCUUAAUUUUACGUGCUAAAUUGCGCCUAGGGGUACAGUGCGCACUUCAUCUUCCUCCCUCUCUACCUCACAUCACAGUAGUCUCUGUCUCUCUAAUGGCUUUCACUUUCACUUUCACUCUAUAAUAAUAAACCCAAACAUUUUCAAAUCAUACUCAUUUUACACUUUCUCUCUUCUCUCCAUAAUCACCUAGGGUUUUUUCAAUUAGUGUUAAAUAAAAUUCACACUAAUCCUUCUUAUUUAUGGUUUGUAUAUAAUUGUGAAUUGUUCAAAUGGAUCCACCUAUUAUUAAUGAAGGUUCAUUCUCAGCGGCAAAUCCUUCUUCUUACAGCUUAGCUGAGAUUUGGCCCUUUUCCGCCUCGGCAAAUGGUGGAGGCAACGGAGGCCUUGGUGGAGGAGGACUGGGUCUUAGAAUGAGUAGCUUUACGGGUUUAUUAGAAGCGGCUGCAAACUCCAUUAAUGAAUCUACUCUGACGGAGCAGAGCGGAAGAACCGGCGGCGGCGGCGGAACUGCUGAUGGUGGUGGUGGAGGUAAUGUUGGUGUAAGGAAGAGGAUUAUGAAUUCGGAGGAUGAUUUUUCUAAGUUUGUCUCUACUAGUGAUGCCAAUGAUUUGGAUGGUUCAGUAGCCAAACGGCUGAAAUCAUCCCAAUCUAAAGAAGAAAAUGGUGCUUCAAAGAUAGAAGCAGAAUCCAGUUCCCAGACGGCUAACAAGGGGACUGAACAAAGUAGUAAACCAGAGCCACCAAAGGAUUACAUCCACGUACGGGCAAGAAGGGGCCAAGCUACUGAUAGCCACAGUUUAGCAGAGAGGGCCAGGAGAGAAAAGAUCAGUGAGAGGAUGAAAAUUCUGCAAGAUUUGGUUCCUGGUUGUAAUAAGGUCAUUGGAAAAGCGCUUGUUCUUGAUGAAAUCAUAAAUUAUAUCCAGUCACUACAGCGUCAAGUGGAGUUCUUGUCCAUGAAGCUUGAAGCAGUCAAUUCAAGGAUGAACCACCCUAUAGAAACCUUUCCUUCAAAAGAUUUAGCACCAUCAGCAUUUGAUGCCACUGGAAUGAUUGUCGGCGCACAAGCACCGAGAGAAUAUGCUCAAGGGGCACAAUCCGAGUGGCUCCAUAUGCAGGUUGGCAGCAGCUUUGACAGAGCAACAUGACAGAUACCCUAAUGAAUUGGAACAUAGUUAUUCAGGAACAUUAGCCUUCCAAUUCAUCAUGUUGUCUUUUAGGGAACCUUUGCAUUGGAUCCUGCAACUGUGUUCCACUAUAGAAGAAGCAUUCUUAAAUGUGUAAUCAUAAUCACCAUCAUUUCCAGUAGAAUUGUCUGUAUUAUCUUUGUAUGAUCAAGGUCUUCUAACUAAAGUGUACUUGUACUAUGUUGUAUUGGUAUAAAAAAUAGACUACGACA